UAUUCUAAAAGCUUAAGGCUGUAAUAAUUUUACAGAAUAAACUAUAAAUAAUCCAGAAGAAUGAAUUCACAGUUCAAAAAUAUAAAAUAAAACAAAUCCUGUAUCAAAGAUCUGUCAGAAUCCUGCAAAGCCUGAACACAUGCGCUUGCUGUACUCAAAGAUUCAACAAGAUACUGGCAAUCUAUGAAGGGAAAUGGAGUUAAAAUUACAUACACGAGGGAAAAAGUUUGUUGGACAUGAACACCAAAUAAAACCAAACAUGAAGAAGUCAACCAGCAACAUAAAGUCUGCAGAGAAAGUCAAAACUAAGGAAUGGCAGUCAGCAAAGCCCAACAGCUUACAUCUAAAUUUGACGAUACUCCAGUGGCUGGGUUUAUGGCCCUGUGAUGAGGACACCACGCACUUCAAGGCACUGUUCUUACGCAUAUUCUGCUGCUUAGUCAUUACUAUUCAAGCUUCAGUAAAUAUUGCAGAAUGUAUGGAUAUGGUUGUCAACUGGGGUCACCUUAAUAACCCAUCAGAAAAUAUGUACAUAAUGGGAUGUAGCCUAAUAGCAAUAGUUAAAGAAGUAACUAUUAUUUUAAAGACAGAAAAAAUUAAAGACCUUGUCAAUAUCCUUAACAAUAAACUUGCUAUACAAAGAAAACAAGGAUCUUCAGAAUACCAGAAGAUCAUAAAAUCCUCUAUAAAGCAAGCAAGGAUGUUCACACUGAUCUUCAUUUCUAUGUGUUCAUUUGUAGGUACCAGUUACUCAUUUGUACCAAUCUUAGACACCCUCCUACUACAAUAUUCUGGUAACGAAACGUCCCACAGACCAAUGCCUUAUUCUGCUUGGUUUCCUUUCGAUGUAUCUGAAACACCAGCCUAUGAAGCAGCUUAUUUUUACCUAGCACUUGUAGCAUUUUUUCAUGGAGUUUACAUUCCAUGUUGCGAUACACUAUUUGUGACCCUUAUAAUCCACUUAUGUGGUCAGUUCCAAAUACUGCAGGCUUCAUUAAAAAACAUAAAAGUGGAUGCCAUGAAGAAUGUUCAAGCAACAUACAGAGAAAGGAUCAGAAGAAACAGUCUGUCAACUAAAGCUCUUCACACUGCAACUUCGGAACCAGCAGAAUGUGACAUCAAAGAUGAGAAACACAACGCCCGUAUUGACAUUUCUCUUACCGAUGAAGAUCUUGACAAUGAAAUGCAAUACCUUCUUAAACAGAGCAUCAAACAUCACCAAAUUCUGCUUCAAUUUGUUCAUGAACUUGAAUAUAUAUGCAGUCCUUUGAUGGUGGUUCAGCUAUUGGGAAGUCUGGUACUCAUAUGUUUUACUGGUUUCAACUUGGCAACAGUCCCAGUACAAAGCGUGAAGUUUGUAUCAGCUCUAGUAUUCAUGAUAGCAGUCAUCAUUCAGUUACUAGUUUUUUGCUGGUACAGUGAAGAACUAUCAAUUCAGAAUUGCAAAGUAUAUCAGGCAGCCUAUGACUGUGACUGGCAUGAAACACCUAAAAGCUUCAUGACUUCGAUACAACUUAUCAUGAAACGAGCUCAAACAGCCAGGACACUGACAGCAGCCAAUUUUUGCUCCAUCGAUCUUCAGACAUUCACCACAAUCAUUAGACUGUCCUAUUCUAAUUAUGCAUUCCUCCGACGAGUGUAUGAUGAAAACAGCACAAAAUCUACCCAACCAGAAUGAACAUACAAUUCCAAUGUAUCAAUUACUGCACUCAGCAAAAUACCUACGUUUUCCACAUUCGCAUUAACUCAGACAGAAGGAAACAAGUGCAACAUAUGUUCUACCAUACACCAUAGAAUGCAUUAUCAGCAAAAAAACAACUUCAAUGCACCUCUGAAUGACCAAGCAGAAUCAAAUGAUUUAAUUUUGCUUUCUUCAAUCUGGAUAGCAUGCAAAGUUUAUGUGUUGCAAAGGAUUAGUGAAAAGUAAUAGCAUGAAUUAAUCAGUUCCAUUGAUUAAUAAAUAUAAACACACAAGUUCUGCAACAAACAUUAUCACAUAAACUGAAUUAGAGAUGAGUAAACAAUUAUAACAGCUACUAGAAACUGUAUCAGUCUCAAAUAAAUGUAAUCUAACAAUUUGA